AUGGCGUUACUCUCACCCAAAAUUUUCAUUGCGUUGGGCAUCUUCACCCUCAUCUGGGUGGUCUGGUGCCUGGCCACGUUGAUUGCCAACGUGUCUCGGGCUCGAGCGACGGGCCUCCAGUAUGUGAUUGUCCCUUGUUCCAUGCUCGGCGCUCCCUGGCUGUUGACCCAGCCGCUGCUCCUCCCUAUUUUACAAGCCCUGCCGGAAUUGUGGACGGAGAAAUGGCUUCCACUACUUCUGUUUAACGACGGAUGGCACAAUGGCUAUGAACCCUUCGAGCGGGUCGGAGCAGACACAUUUCUGGCUGUCUCGCCCGGUGAUAUUAUCUUCUAUACCUGCGACGCCGCGGUAUCUUCGCAGCUAUUCCACAAUGGUCGGCUGGGAAAACCAGCCCAUUUAAUGAGCCUUUUGAAUAUAUUUGGCCCGACCAUGACAGGUACCGAUGGACCAGAGGCGCGGUUAUACCGUCGCACCGCGGCCCCCUUUUUCACCGAGGCCACAAUGCGGGACGUGUUUAUCGGUGCUGUCCAGGGAGGUGCCGAAUUAUCGCGGGCGUUGAGACAGCGCGCGGCCCAUCGUCAGCUACGAGACCUCUCCGCCAAGCUUUCACUUCAUCUACUGAGUCGUUUUUGUAAUCAGACGGAGACCCAAGAAGACCUGGUAAACGCAUUGCAAUUCAAGGACAAGCCGCAAGGCACCCACCGUAUGACCUACAGUGAAGCUGUGUGCACUUUGCUGGAGAACUUUACGACUGUGUUUCUUUGCCCGCACGCGCUUCUUCGGAUUUCGCCUUUCUCCACCCAUCGUCAAGCGGCUACAGCAUUUACAGAAAUGCGUCGCUACAUGGAGGAGAUGAAGGAACGUAAGGUGGCAGAGCUUGAGCAAAAGCCUCCUGCCCCAUCAAAAAACGCUUCAAGUAUCCUAGAGCUCUUCGUUCAAGCUGGGCUCCCAGCGGCGGACGGAAGUCCGGCUGUUCUUAGACCGGAUCAGGUAAUGGGAAAUAUUUGGACGUUUGUGUUCGCUGGCCACGAAGCAAAUGCCAAUACCCUCACUUUCAUCAUGUUGCUCCUUGCCUGCCACCCCGUCACCCAGCGCGCCAUGCAAGCCGACCUCGAUCGAAUUCUCCAGGACACACCGCCAGAUCAGUGGACAUAUGACGCACAUUUCAACCCAUUGAUGAACAGUCUCGUAGGCGCUGUGAUCAGUGAAGCCUUGCGUCUUUUCACCGUCUUGCCGGUGAUUCCAAAAUACGUGCCCCCGACAGGACCUCCUGUCUCUAUCAUCAUCGAUAACCAGGCCCAUCCCUUGCCACAAGGCAUGGUCGCUUUCGUGAACACCAGUGCCACUCAUCGCCAUCCACAAUAUUGGCCACGCCGGGAAUCGAGUACACACCUGACAGCUUCUGACAAUCGCAAGAAGCGGCCAUUCGCAGUGUCUGACUUCGAUCCCGAACGGUGGAUUCAAACGACAGACGGUGGAAAAUAUGAAUUUUUGAGCCCAAUCCCCGGUAGUUUUAUACCAUUCGCAGAGGGCAGCCGAGCAUGCCUGGGGUAUCGUUUUGCGCUGGUGGAAUUGUGUGCCUCUGUAGCCAUCGUGUUCAAGUCAUCGUCGGUGAGGCUGCUCACCAAAGAUGAAGAAGCCGAUGGUAGCAGUUUUGGAGGUGCUUCAGAUACCUGGGAGGCAGCCAGAGAUCGGGCCGAGUUAGCUCUUUCCGAGGGUGUUAAGUUUGAUAUGAGUUUGCGGGUCGUUCACGGUUUGCCUGUUCGAUUUGAGGCGCGUAAAUGA